CCUGCAUGGCUUUGUUUAGUGCGCACAUGUGACCUCAGAAGGCGCUUACUGGCAUUUAAACAUCAUCGACAGGGUGCUGAAGCGGACAGCUCCCCAUACAGAUAAACAAACCAAAACCUGAACACAAUGGCUCCCCGUUAUGGACGCUUUGAAGCCUUUUUCUAUCUUUAACUCUCAGUGAAGAUCUCCAUUUCCCUAGCCGCGCAUCAUCUUUGAAAAUUUAAAGGACUUUAUUUUUAAGCCGCUGACGAGAACGGCGACGUGUUCUCUCUGCAAACGGCAGUUUAAAGCGGAUGUUGUGACACCUGUAGCUGAAUCUGGAUCUCAGUCUCCUGAAACGAGAGGCUGGAUUGUUUCACAUCCCUUCUGCAUCCGCCCUGCAGGAGAGGUGCUCCGGCGCUGUCUGAUCUCGAGUGGGGAAGCGCAAAGGUAUAGCCUAAAGCCAUUUACAGACGCAUUAAUAUCUAAGCCGCUCUCUGUGCCUGCUUAGACAGGAAAGAGCAUGGAUAGAGAGGAAUUUGCUCUGACUAGUGCGUUGAAGGGAUUUGUAGAGCUGGGUGUGUGCUCCUGUUGAAACUAAGCUCAGGACAGUGGAUGAAGCACAGUCACUAACAGCUCGCCAUUUCUCUUUCAGCCUUCUUUGGUUUAUUAUUUCAUAUUUUUGGCGAGUAGAUUUGUUUUUGUUUAAUCAGCCAUGGGGAAAGAUGAGUGCAAAACAAUGCUGGACGCUUUGAACAAAGUGACCGCUUGCUACAGGCAUUUGGUCAUCGCCCUGGGAAGCACCUCGGACUCGCAGAACCUGCGGGAGGAGCUGAAGAGGACCCGCAAAAAGGCCCAGGAGCUGGCCGUGGCCAACAGGACUAAACUGACCUCUCUGCUCAAAGACAAGAGCAUCAGCAAAGAGGACCGGGCCGAGUACGAGCGCCUAUGGGUGCUGUUCUCGAGCAGCAUGGAGCUCCUGGAGGUGGACAUGAAACGGUCCCUGGAGAUAGGGCAGGAUUUCCCCCUCAAGGUGCCGACGAGACACCUGAUCCAGACGGGGAUGACCGGCAGCACCACCACGGUGGCGGCCCGGGCCAUGAGCGUGCAGAACAUGAAGUACGAGGCGGACAGCAACAUCGACACGGCGGACCUCCGGGACCUGCAGUGCGAGAUCUCCCAGGUGAGCCAGAUGAUGGAGGAGAUGGAGAUGAAGGUGCAGGUGGCGCCGUGGGCCGUCGAGGCGAAGCAGGAAGCAGGCGCGGAGCUCAAGUCCAACAUGAGUGUGGGGAAUUCCUCCGUGGGUGUGAUCUCCAUCUGCGAAGAGGAGCCCAAAGAAGAGGAAGGAGGCGGCAGCAGGGAUAGUGGCUUCGCGUCGAUCUGCGCUGUGGUUAUAUUCUUAGUCAUCGUUACGGUGGCUGUGGUUCUAGGAUAUUUGGUCAUCAACAUGUCCUGAUGUCUAUAACCAACAUAGUCCAGUCAUUUUAAGCCAAAAUGGGGGUCAACCUUGAACAAAUUGCAACAGAAGCAAACUCAACUGAUUUUGUAUCCUCAAUAUGUCCUGAGUAGCUAAGGCAAAAAAAGCCCCGAAGAAUCCCAUUAGGGGAAAGUUUCGAAAAAGACCCAAAUAUAGGCCUAUUCAUUGUUUUUCUCACGUGAAUAGGGUAAAAAUUGUAAACUUUAGAUAUCACCAUGAAAAGUACUGAGUUUAUUAUUUACAUCAAGACAAACAAAAAAUGUAUUACAAGUUUUUAGAAAUUGUUUGUUAACAUGAGUGCAUAAUCUAAUUAGGUACAUAUGUGCUAAUUUGCAUAAAUACCACAACAGAUCUAAACAUUGGGUAUAGCCAGGUGAAAAUGUCUUGUUGAAUCUUGUUGACAUCUUACAGUACAAGACUUAAUGUUAAUGUCUGAAUGGAACCCAUUUAGGCUACCCAUGAGCAUUAAUACAUAGAGGCAGGAAGAAGUACUUCAAACCAGAGAUAGGGAACAGGACCUACCUUUUGUCUUUGCAUUCUCCUUACCCUUGUCUCCUGUUCUUCCCUCAGACUCAUCCCCCAGAAACAGUCCCACGGACCCAGUCCCAAACCCCAUCUCUGCAAUAAUAAUUAAUAAAGGCUGGUUUGAAGUACUUCUUCCUGCCUCUAUGUAUUAAUGCUCAUGGGUAGCCUAAAUGGGUUCCAUUCAGACCUUAACAUUAAUUCUUGUACUGUAAGAUGUCAACAAAACAUUUUCACCUGGCUAUACCCAAUGUUUAGAUCUGCUGUGGUAUUUAUACAAAUUAGCACAUACAUAAUUAAAUUAUGCACCGUUUGCUCAUGUUAACAAACAAUUUAAACGUGUAAUACAUUUUUUGUUUGUCUUGAUGUAAAUAAUCAACUCAGUAAUUUUCAUUGUGAUAUCUAAAGGUUAAAAGUUUUACCCUAUUCACGUGAGAAAAAGAAUGAAUAGCCCUAUGAAUAGGCUAUAUUUGGGUCUUUUUCGAAACUUUCUCCUUUAUAGGAUUCUUUGGGGCAUUUUUUUCUUUACUCAGGGCAUAUUGAGGAUACAAAAUCAGUUGAGUUUGCUUCUGUUGGAAUUACCUCAACCUUUUUUCAUAAAAUGACUGGACUAACAGCCCACCCUGAUGGACACCCCGCGCGGCUGCCCACGGGCGUGUCACCGUGGUUACAAGAGCCAGCAGCUCCACAACAGAGAGAAAGAAUUGUUUUUUUUGAGGAGCUGACAAAAUUGGGGACACGUGAAGUUAUUCAUCUUUCUCGGAUUUAUGAAUGUAUUCGGUGGAGUUGAGGAGUUGCACUAGAUAGCCUACAAUGUAGAACAAUAGAAUGGACGUCGAGCACAGUUUGAGGUUAAGUAUGCUAUAUUUUUUAAAGGGGCCAAGGGGUCGUGUAGCCUAUUUUUGGAAGAGGAAAAAAAAAAAAAAGUCAUGAAAUUACGUGACAGUGUCUGACCAUCAGGAUGAUAGGCCAACCAACAACACGUAAUCCAAGUGGAUUAGUGGAAAAGAUCAAGCGUAAAUGUAGCCUACUGUUAAGUAUUCCCCAUGAUGUUCUGCUGAUUGAUGCUUUACAUUUAUGAAUUCAAUCCAGCAAAGUCAGACGUGUUCAAAGGAGCAUGGGGCAUCAGAGAAGUGGGGUUAAGUUUAUGGGAACUAAUAGAGCCAGUAUUCCUGUUAGGUGUGAUCAAAUCUGCACUGUUCCACGAGCACAGCUUUAAUACACCAUACAAUCUAUAUAUUGUAGUAGGCCUGCAUCCUAGGCUACUGGUAGUAAUUGCAUCAAAUCACAACGUUCUCCAUGAGAGCCUUGGGGACCUGAGAGACAAUAAUGCACCCAUUCACUGUAAGCCUGUUCAUGUUCCUUUUCAGGGUUUUCUUGCAAACAGUGUUGAAUGUAUACAUUGCAACAUGUGAACAGAGGGUUUGUACAUACAGACUGCUGUGUCAGAUAAUGUACAUACAUAAGUAUAUUUAUUAUAAUAAAAUUUUGAAACACACA